AUGCGCAGAUGCCUUCACGUACAAUGCAGAUACACUUUGGCUUCAGAUUUAAAGGUGCCACUACCAAGUACUUUUAGAAAAUACGAUUAUGGUCCUAAAGGUAACGUAAAACUUUACGGCCAAACAGAUCCUCCUCAUUACAACUUAUCAGCUGUAACGGCUCCCAGUGCUUUCUUUUCAGCUCCUCUAGAUGGUAUGAUAUCUUUAGAGGACGUCUACGAAGCGAUUCUGAAUCUACCCAAUACGAUUUACCUGUACAGAAUACCAUUUUAUAGGUUUAAUCAUAUUCAUUAUCUUUUCGGUAGAAAUGCUUCGGAAUUGGUUUAUGAGCCGACGUACCAGUUGAUUAAAAAAAUUGAUAGUGGUGUUAUUCCUCCCCAAGUUGAAGUACCAUCUGAUUAUAGAUGA